AAAGAAUAAAGAGAAAGAGCGCUAGAGAAUAAGGUGGUAAGGUCCCCCUCAACCCCUACACCAGAAACUCCCAAACAAAAUUUUGCCGAGAAAAAAAGUUUCCCAAAUUCUAGAGAGUGAGAAAAUUCCAAAGCAAAACUUAAUAAAACACACAAAGAAGUUAGGUCCUAAAUACUACUAGCGCUACUUAAACAUCGAGAAACUUCCGUUAAAUAUGCAGCAUCAGCUUCUUUCGUAGUACGCCUCUGCACCUUCCCGCCGCUUCCUCUCUUUCCUGUCAGAUAUGCCGGCUUUUACUGCAAUAGCAUUGGAUAGGUUUUUAGAGACUGGAGCUUCCAAGCCAAUUGAUAAACCAAUUCCAACUUCAAUGCCUGUACCAAAAUCUCAGGCACUUGAGAGGACUACUAGUGCUCCAGCUGCGAAAAGUAAUGUCCCUCGUCCUCCGUUAAAGCCAGCACUUUAUACAACCCCUGAGGUGAAGCCACUUCCGGUUGCUGAUACGCCUUCUUCUUUCCCUCCUUCACCAUACAUCGUUAACCAUAAACGCCGUGGCCCGUGCCUACUCAAGAGUUCGUCUGAGGCCAGUGUGUUGUCCAAGAAGAACGUUUCUGGUGAUGAAAAGGUCAAUGAUAAGAGCUUUGAUACUGUGGUUGCAAGUUCAGCUGGUGAUCUACAAUUCAAUUUUAUAAACCCUAGACUUGUUGAAGAGGAGAAUGCGAAUGGUGUCUGCGGUGGUGAAUUUGAUAGAAGCAAUGGGAGUGAGGUGGUGAAUGGACACAGAGAACCUGAGAAUAGUAGCUUAGCAAAUGUUAUAGUCAGGGAUAAUGGGCCUGCAUUGAAUUCUGAAAGACUUUCCGAGAUUGAAGACUUCUUUGACCUGCAAGAUUCAACGAGUUUCACUAGUAACACGGAUGUGGAAGAGAAUGCAGGGACAGACCAAUCUGCGAAAUUCAACAGUCCUGGUGCGGAGUUUUAUGAUGCUUGGGAAGAACUAUCAUCAGAUGCUGCUACUCAAAAUUCUGCCAAUGAUGUUGAAGCUGAGUUGCAUGAAAUGAGAUUGAGUCUAUUGAUGGAGAUAGAAAAGCAGAAGCAAGCUGAAGAAUCCCUCAACAACAUGAAAAGUCAAUGGGAGAGUAUUAGGCAGGGGUUGUGUCUAGCGGGAAUUGUUUUGCCUGCAGAUCUUACUGCUGUUGCUGAGGGUGAGCAGCCGAAUUAUGACCCUGUGGAAGACCUAUAUCAACAACUUUAUGUUGCUAGGUUUGUAUCAGAUACUAUUGGGAGAGGAACUGUCAGGGCUGAGGUAGAGAUGGAGAUGGAAGCUCAACUGGAGUCAAAGAACUUUGAGAUUGCUCGGCUCUUGGAACGUCUCCACUGUUAUGAGACCAUGAAUAGGGAGAUGUCUCAGAGAAACCAGGAAGCAGUCGAAAUGGCACGACGCGAGAGACAAAGAAAGAGUAGGAGGCAGAAAUGGAUUUGGGGUAUUACGACUGUGAUUUCACUUGGUACUGCAGCAAUAGCAUGGUCUUAUCUCCCAGUGGGUAGAGGAUCAUCCUCCGCAGAAGAUCAUCUGGUUCCCGAACACGAUGAUACAACUGAGUAAUUCCCCCCAUAGUCACUAACUGCAAAUCCUUGUUACUCAGAUACUUUAGGAGAGAAAAAUAAAAGUUAUACAUGCCACUGUGUGGUCAACUCAUCUCUUAGAUCAGUUACAAUUUUCUGGCAUCCUGAGUGUGUGCAUAAUCUAGAUAUAUAAAUGUGACUUUCAAUGGAAAUUAUUUUAGGUAGUUUUUACUGGAAUGUUUUGAAUCUGAUAAAUCUGGCACAGUGCAUUAUAGCAGCAGGUUCUUUGCUGAGCAAUUUUACACUUAGAAAUAGAAUUUGAUUGUCCUCUCCUCUGAAUGUUUGUUUGAUCUACUUAAUAAAAGUCAAAUCUACUUUUUGUGCUGUGUC